CAAAGCCUCCCUCCGCUGCAGGAAGAGCCUGAAAGUCAAAGAUCCGCGGAGGAAAGGCUGAUAGUUUGAUCGUCUCUCCUGAUGCAGGAAACUUUUCUGCUGUUCAUAAAUAAAUAAUUGUUGUCUGGAUGUAGCUAUGAGAUGGAGACCCAGAUCACCUUUAUUUGCUUAUUUCUAGUGAUUCUGGGAUUUUCUGCUGGUCAGGAAGAGAAGGAGAAUCUGACAGGAAUCGUUGGAGGAACCAUCACUCUACCUGGGGCUGUCACUGAGAAAGGAUAUCUUUUAUAUAACGGAAAAAACAUUGCUUCAGUGUUUAAAGGUGAAUUUGAUAUUGAUGUGAACAUUUACAAGAACAAACUUCAGUGGAACCGAAGCUCUGGACUCUUUACGAUCACAAACCUGCAGAAGAACGACUCAGGAACCUAUACAGUUCAAAAAGGCAAAUUUUCUUCUUCAUAUAAGCUUCAAGUUUAUGAUCCAGCACCGACUCCUGCAGUAACACCAGUUAAUGUGACCUCUGACCCCUGCCUGUUGAUCUGCUCUGUGGACAAACCAGCGACUCUGCUGUGGAUCAGAGACAAAGAAAUACAGAACCAGAGCCGCUCUGCUCUGUCUUUACCUGUUACUGUCCAUACAGAGGAUAGAGAUUCAUCAUAUAGAUGUGUAGCAGCCAAUCCUGCAGAGAACAAGACUGUUGAUGUUAAUUUAAUGUCAUCCUGUGGAUUCAAACAAACACAAACUCUGGAUUAUAGAAGAACAUAUUGGAUUGCAGGUGGUCUCUGCAUUGGGUUUAUUGUAUUGAUUGGUUUUGGAUUCCUGCUGAUCCAGAAGAAGUUUCUGGUCCAAAAAUCAUCAGGCAGUCAAACACAAGGCAGAAGAAGAGAAAACCGGAGCUGCUGGCGCCCAGGAAACAGAACAAAACCUUUAAAACUCAGGAUUACCAUUUGAUUUGUUUGUUGGAAACUUUGGUAAAGUAAAACCGUUUAUCUUUAAAUUUAACCUGAUGACUAACAUGGCUGCUUGGGGAUUCAGGAAGCAGAUAUUAUUUAUUAUUUAUUAUCCUCUGGAGCUUUAAACUGUUUUCUUUGGUUUUUCUGGGAGGUAAAAGAUUUUCUCCUUUUUAACAUCUUCAGUUUUUAACUAACAAAGUUACUUUAUUUACUCUUUUAACAACAUGUUUUCUCAACCUGAUUUUUCUGAUUGAAAAUAAACAAAACAUUGAACUUUAUAAAUAUGGUUAAGAUUAAAAAUGUUUGUUUCUGGCUUUUUGCUCAGUUUCAGUUAAAAAUUCAAAGUUUCACUCAUUUUCAUCUUUCUUCGUUCUACCAGCUGCAGAACAUUUCA